CAGUGGGACUGCCUCGCUACCAGCAUCAUCCCUCCCCGGUGUGUGACAGGAAAGAUUUUGUCCUCAAUUUUAAUGGCAUUUCUUCGUUUCACCCGUCCGCUAGUGGAUCUUACUACCACCACCACCACCACCAAAGCGUCUGCCAAGACAUCAAGCCCUGCGUGAUGUGAAGGCCGCGCCCCAACAGAGACAAUCAGGUGUCACCGAACAGAGCCGAGGUGUAGACGGAGCCACGCAGAUUAAAUAUAAUGUGCACUCUGGUAGCAUUGGUAGUACACGAGUCACUUAGCGAAUUUGCCUAAGGAAGCAGUGUUUUCCGUCCCACUCCACGCCCCGAAGGACACGUACAGCCGGUAUAGUGCUCCAAAGGUCUUACUAAAAGAAAAAUGCCUUGUGUGAUGUUUUGGCUUAGGGGGGACCUAAGUGUCCUUAUGCCAAGUCUGACCACCUUAAUCACAAAUCGCCUUUCUGCCAUCUCCCAAAGAAACGAGCUUUGGGAAAGGGAACAAUUCGACAUGUUUUUAUACGAGAAAGUGUCUUUGCAUAAGAAAAGUAAAUGUCUCCGCACCUGCGAGGACUCCCCCUUCUGUUACUGCGUUAGCGGGAAAUGUACUUUUUUAUUGUGUUCUCUCCCCGAGCCCCACCAAGGACACUUUGUAUGGACUUCAGCACCGACCAAUUGAUAUUAUUAAAUCAGUAUUGUUUAGCCCUUUCGUGUAUAGACUGUAAGAAAAGUUCAAUUUUUUUCCAGUAUUGCAGCAAUACAACGUUUUGUUUUUUAUUUUUACAAAAGUUGUUUUCUACCACAAUAUUUUUGAAAAAAAUAUUUUAAAUAAAUCUCGUGUAUACUCACACACUAUUGCUUUAAAAGGAGAAUAUAUUUGCACUUAUGUAUACUUUUUACAGUUUGCCAAAAUAUUUUGAUGUAAAAAUUUUUUUUCCAAUAAAAUG